AUGUUACCUCUCAUUGUAUUUUUCUUUUCAUGUGUGAGUAUUAGUACUACCAGGCCGACACUGAAUUACUUGGAAAACGUCUUUUCCAUGGAGAAUGAGUCGACAGAAUUCCGUUCAGAGGCAAUAAAGAGACUUUUGGAGGUUUUUGGUAUGGAAGAUGCCCCUGUGACAAUUACACGGGGCCAUAAGCAGCCACCUCAGUACAUGCUAGACUUGUACAAUACUGUCGCAGAUGUGGACGGCGUGACAAAGGAUCCUCAUCUUCUUGAGGGGAAUACGGUCCGCAGUUUCUUCGAUAAAUUGCGAAGUGAACAAAUUGAAUUUUUGUUCAACCUGUCCACUGUGGCCAGAAGUGAAAAAGUCCUCACUGCUGAACUUCAUCUCUUCAAACUGAGACCUCAAGCAUCUGUGAUUUUCAACAGACAUCAUUUCUGUCAGGUUAGUGUCUAUCAGCUCCUUGACAACACUAAAAUGAACAUAUCUCAAGGAAAGAAACUUUUGUCCUCGAGACUGAUUCCCAUUCACUCCAGUGGCUGGGAGGUUUUCACAAUCACACAAGCAGUCCGAUCCUGGCUGAUGAAUGAGGGCAGUAACUUGGGUCUCUUAGUUACAGUCAGAACCCUGUCAGGCAGUCAGAUGGACGUAAAGACAGUUCGCUUUGCAUCAGGCCGGCACCAUCACCACAGCAAGCAGCCAAUGCUGGUUCUUUUCACAGAUGAUGGUCGCCGUACUACCUCCCUGGAAAACACUCUCAAAGACUCUAAUGGUUCUCCAGAAGCUCCCAGUCUCCCUGUGCCCAGUCUUCCCCUCUCCAGCGCCGGGCAUCGCGCUGCUCGAUCGCUGGACUAUGAGGAGGACGGCGAGAGGAUGCCGUGCCAGCGCCUCCCUCUCUAUGUCGACUUUGAGGAGAUUGGUUGGUCUGGUUGGAUUGUGUCACCUCGGGGUUAUAACGCUUAUCACUGCAAGGGCUCCUGUCCAUUUCCCCUGGGUCAAAACAUGAGACCAACUAACCAUGCCACUGUUCAGUCCAUCAUCAAUGCUCUCAAACUCACCAAAGGUAUUGAGACGCCGUGCUGUGUACCAGACAAGCUCUUCUCCAUCAAUCUCCUGUACUUUGAUGAUGAUGAGAAUGUGGUGUUGAAGCAGUAUGAUGAUAUGGUAGCAGGAAGUUGUGGAUGCCAUUGA